AUGCUGCGGUACCAGGCGUCCGUAUAUGGAGAGCCUGUCGAAGCCGAAGGCAGCGGCUACCAUCAAGACUAUCCACAGGUGAGUUUUACCUGAUAAUGAUGAUAAAAAUAUAGAUAAUUUCCAGUCUUCAUCGCCCGCGGCUUCGAUGGUUCCCAUGACGAGUUCCACCACGUCGAACGGAUUCCGGCAGCAGCAAAGUAGAAUAAUAAAGCGGCAUGUUCCGAUGCCUUAUAAGGUUUUAUGGAAUUUUUUAAGAACUCUUCGAGAAAAAAUGGCGUUUGAAUGAGUUCAAAUCGAUUUUUCAGGGCUUAUUUGAGCGAAAUCACCUCAUUUACACAUUACUUUAGUGAUUUUUCCAAUAUUUUUCCCGAAGUAUAAAUACAAUUUUUUUAAAAAUUCUUUCAUUUCAAACAAUACGUACAACUCAUAAUAUUAUCAAAAAGUGAUCAUUGAGCGAUUUUUUUGCAGUUUGCUACAAAAAUUGCUAAUAUUUCUCAUAGUUUGAUGACAAUAGAUCCUAAGUAUGUUCUGAACGCCUUCAAGAUUGAUUUUUUAAGCGUAUUUUCAUACAGAUAAAAAAGUUUAGCUUUGAAAUCAACUUUAGUUUUUAUUCGGCAGUUUUUAGUACAAGUUUUGGGCUUUCUGAUCAUGAUUCCCAAUCGUUUUUAGCGGUUUCCUAGAAAUAAUCAGUUCAAUUAGUUUUUGGGCUUAAAUUAGGACUUUAAUAGGGUUCUUCUACUUCAUAAAUGGUUCAGAAGUGUUGAAAUUCGAUUAAAAGAUUUUUUUCAACAAAAAUAUGAGCGACUAAAAGUUCGAUUUUAUUAACAAAAAAUUAAAUUUUUUUUUUGUUUUUUUUUUGAGAAAAACUUGUGAAGAAGUUUUUCACGGGAACUUGAGCGUUACAGCAGAGGUGGAGGAUGGCUGCCCCCUGGCCGCCCUGCCUGCCAAGCCAUAAACGCCCAAAAGGCAGAAAUGACUUUUUCAAAAGUCAGCGUGGCGCGACGGUCCUUUGUAUGGCGAUAUCGCCCUAGCAUCUAGAAGCGCUUGUUUUGAGCGAUGUAUGAAACUUUUUUACUAAAACACAAAAACACGAAAAAAUGGUGGUGUGAAAAAAAGAUCAGCGAAAACUCGAACGGCGAUUUUUCUGAUUUUUUCAAAUCGCUAGAGAGCUGUCCGACGGAGAACUUUCCGACUAAUCCUUUUCAACUUUCUUGCUAAGUAAACUCUUCGUUUUGAAUCCUCCCAUAUAAAGUAGGUAGUUGAUUCAUGAUUAAAACACAAAAAGAUCCUGUAACGGUUACAGGAUCUUCAAGCAUUUCUUUUUUAAUUCUCUCUUUAUUUCGGAUUAGGAUGGCUAAUGAGAAAAAAGCGUCGUUUGGUUGCUUUUUGCUUUUUCCAACCGGGAACUGUGAACCUUCAUCAACUGAUAAACGUUAACUCGACCUUUUUUCAUUUUUUUUUUCACGAUUUAAAGAGCUGGUUUUUAAGCAAACUUCAGUUUCUCAUAGCCAUCUCAAUACAUGAAAGUUCCCCCUUUUCCCCCAAAUCCCUUCACAUUUCAUUUUUUCAGAGCUUAGCGUCGAGUAGAUUUAUUCCGCGCCGACGGUUCUACGUCGAAGGUCAACAACAACAGCAACGUUGCAUGACGACGUCCUCCACGUCUUCAGCCACUUCCAACGGCGUCAUGUUCCCCACUCCCGACUAUUUGAGACGAAUGAAGGAAAACUAUGAGACUGGAAAAGUGGUCCGUUUUUGGCGAAAAAUUUGGUGUCGUUCGAAAAAAAAAAGAGGAAAAAGUUGGAAAAUAAUGAAUGAUUGCGUAUCCAGUGCGAAUACGAAUAAGUGCGCGACGUCUGGUUUUUUUUUAGUACUUUCUGAAGCUUGAAAUAAGAAAAGAGCUGAUAAUAGGACUGGUUUUGGAGAAUUUUUGCCGUGUUCUGAGUGAUUCUGAGAAAUUGAAAAUAGAUAUUAAGAAUUUUAGAGUGGUCCCUAUAAGGGUUAGGAGAAAAUACAGUCCCUGAAGGGGAAAAUGAAAGUGGCCCUUAUAGGGGUCUAGGGUCUGAACUCUAAGCCCCUAUAGCUCAAGUGAACCCUGUAGGCGUCUUUCAAUUUAAUUCAAAAAACGCUUAUUUGUUCAGUUUUUCCCAUGGAAGCGCUUCUUCGCAUAGAGUUCAUAAAAAAUAUCGACUAGCAUGUCCCUUAUAGGGGCUACUGACUAAAACCUCUGUAGGGACCACUUUUGCAAGCUUCAGGGGCUUAUAUUGGGAAACAAAGUUCUUAAGGAUGUCCCUGUAUGGAACACUUAGGAGUUUUUACGUCAGAAAUCGAGAAAGAUAAUUGAAUUUUGGAGAGUCAGAUAAUUUUGAACUUUAUGGGAAUUACCUUGAACUUGGGCAACGUGUAAAAUAGAGGAUCGGGUUUUUGGAUUCGGGAAAUAUGGAGGAAAUAUAUGUACGUCAUUAAUAUACUUUCUUAUAGUCUGAUCAUUAUUAUGAGAAGCUUUUAUUUCGUGUUUAAAUGAGGAAAAAUUAUUUUGUGAAAUUGAUGGCUGUGUUUUUUGACGUAUAAAUAUUGGCGAAUUUCCAGCUUAUGCGUUAGAAUUGUUUAUUUUGGUCCUGAAAACAGUUUCCAACGUUUUUUCUGUAUACUUCCGGGUUCAACCACCACAUGAAUGAGAACUAAUUUUUUUUCCUAUAAAGUUAUGCUUUUUUUGAACCUUUUUUUCAACAAUUUUCGAAGUUUCUGUUCAGAUAUACAUCAGAAGGAACAUCCCGGGCGUGAAAUCGACAACUCCGCAACCUUCGUCAGUUCUGCCCAACUCAAUACGUUCAAGCUCGUAUAGUACAGCGAAUAAUUCCCGCUAUGUCCUUCGUUUGUCGCCCAAAAACGACUUUAUGCACGAAGAGUUGGUUUUUCUCAAGGGAAAUUUCAUGAUUUUGUGUUUUUUGUGAGAAUUUCUAGAGGGAAUUCAGAGGAAGGGCUGUCAAAAAAAGAUUUUCCAGGAUUAUUUUUGAAAAUUUAAUCUGGCAGUCAUAUUUUGUAACGUAUUCUGCCUGAUUUGAGGCAAAUGUUCCGUAAAUAAAAGUGAAAAAUGACGUCAUCUCAUGAGUUUCCUUUCCCUGGCCCUUGAUAUAUUUGAAAUGGAUCUUUCCUCUUUUUCUGAAAUUAAUCAUUCCAGAAACAAGCAACGACAAGAAAUGUUCGUUCCGACGAUCGACGCGAGUUGUUCGCCUUUCCCAACCGUCCCCGCCUCGAUGUCGAUGGGAGAAUAUGAAGAGGAAGAAGAGGUGGAGAGUCUGGCGCCGUCCAACGAGACCGGUGACGACGUCAAGCUCGAGCCGGACAGUCCCGGAGCCGAGGAUACCCUUUUCAACGCUCUUGGAGGUGUGGAGGGUUGAAGGAAAAAAAAAACAAGAUAAAUUUGAAAGAAAAGCGUAAAAAAAGGGCGUGUAAGAAAAAAAAGUGGUAAAUUUUGAAAAUUUCCUCUUUCCUCCUUGAUAUUCUCAGCACUUACCAGGGAACUACGCGAACUCGUAAUCGCGGAUCGAGUUCAAACUUUAGUGGUUUAUAGACCCAAGUCAGGACACUUGAAAACAAGAGAGAAUAUCUGCACUGAGAAAAAAUUAGUAAAAAUGUGGGAAUUAGGCCUGAAAGUUUUCAGAAUACUGUUUUUUAUCUUAUUUUAUAUUUUGAUACAAUCGCCUUGAAUAAUCCGGCUAUGAUAAACUCUAAAAAACUUUUUUUUUUCCAGCCAAAAGAAAAGCAGAAAUUUGAUAACUUUCAAGCCUAAACUGUUCAUUUUCAAAAAGUUUUUCCUCAGAAGCCUAUGGAGUUUAUCAGAUAAUCUCUCUUGUUUUCAAGUACUCUUACCCGGGUCUAUGAGCUAUCAAGGUUUCAACUCGAAUGUCCGAGUAGUUCCCUAGUUAGAUGCUUCUGAAUCCAAGUGAACUGUAAAAAAAAUAUAUCAGAAAAAAUGAAGAUCAGAAAAGGCGCAAUGGAUCUCAUGUCCUUUGGAAUAGUGCUUUGUUUUUCUUCUGAGGAUGUUCUUUAAUAAUUCUAGACAGGCACUGGUGGCGUUUCUGGUUUUUAUUUUAGCUUUUUGACUGGAAAACUUUUUUCAAAUGGUUUUUGGUAUUUUUAUGAUACUUACUGGUGUCUAUGCUCAUUUUCUAAACCGGCUUCUAGAACUUUUGUGCAAGUUUCUGAAGAGCCAUAUUCAAAUGGAAAAACGGGUAUGGUUGAGUUUUUUUUUAAACUGAGCAUCAUGAUCAGAGGAAACACAUAAAAGGGGAAAAGGCGGAAAUUAUGAGCUUAUAUGGACAAAAAAUGUAACAAAAGAACGUUCCCGCUUGAAGCACAGAGCCUGAGGAGGCGUGGGAGAAUUUCAAAACCACAAAAGUGAAAAAAAUGUUAAGAAAAGUUUCAAGAGAGACUUCUUUUGAUUUGUAAUUUUCAAACAUUUUACUAUUUUUCCCACGAGACGUUCUUGAAUGUGAGAAUGGAGUGAGUAGAAGGGAAAAAAAAGCUUUCAAAAAACUUUAAUCGAUAGAGAAUGAAAAAAAAAAUGACGAAUAAAAACGUGGGAAGCAUUGGAUAGAAUUUAGGACAUUUGUCACGUGUUUCUUUUUCUUUUUAUCGAUACAAGGGGGCACCGUUUUUUUUUUUUUGCAAACUUCGUUUUGCCGUCUUCUCGCAAUCUGUACUUUGUUCAAUACAAUCAACUGUAAAAGCGGAAUUUUCAGCUUUUCUUCAGUUUGAAGUAUUUUUUUCUAUCAGAAUACAUCUCUUUUCUUUUCAUUUUUUUUUUUCUUGAAAUCAACAUUUAAUUCAUUGCGAGCGCCUCAGAAUUCGUAAAAAUAUUUUAGGCUUAUGAAGGAGUAUAUAUUAACGGAAAUCUUAGUAUUCUUAGAUUCAUAUGACCUCCUAGUCUAGGAAAUUCGUGCAAUCGUGAAGAAAUUUCAAUUUUGUCUUCUUUUUGAACUCAGUUUAAUGUAUAUGACCAUCAAAGAUGAAAAAAAAAAACGUUGAUUUCCAGAAACAGGGAAGAAAGUAAUUUUUUUAGGUUUUCUGAGCAAUCCGUCAUCAGAACUGUCCUCCCCACAGUCUCCAUCCUCACCCACCAGUUUGCUGGACAAUCUGACCACCUUGAGUUCGGCCUUGCAGUCCUCAACUCAUGGAUUCAAUGUCAUGACCUACAGAACUAAGUCAGUCCUCAACAAGUAUAGGUACAGGGAAUCUUUAAGAAAAAAAAAAAACCGGCUGGAGUUUUCAGUUGUCCGCAAUCGGAUUGUAUAUGGAGGGGACAGUCGGAAGGGGCGCUGAGACGACAUAUUUCUGCUCACGAGCAGAAGAACGAGGUUUGUAGAAUAAAGAAGAAACAGGAAUGAAUUUGUGAAUUUAGGACGCCGGAUUGGUGAAAGCGGAUCCGAUGAAAGUGACGCUGGUCCCGCCGAAACCUAAAGGGGUUCGAGUUGAUUUUGAUUUUUGAUAAAAUACAACGUUUUUUUACUCUCCCCCUCCUUCCCCCUUUCGUUUGAACUUUCGAUGGAGCUUGUGUACUUAAGGACCUCCAGAUUACAGAACAAGAAAAAAAAUUCUCUCAAAAGAUUAUCUGGAGUAUUGCUGAUUCACGGCUGGCUUGAGCCAUCUAAAAAAGGGUCCUGACACGGUAAGAAAAGAGACAGUGUCUGGUUCGUGGAGAGCGCAGACAGGCCACGCCCCCUUAGCGUUCCAAGCCGUGAAUCGGCUAUAAGGCGCUUGAAAAACCCGAAAUCGCGCUUUUUUUAAAAUUUCAUAUUGCGUCUUUUGCUAACUUUGAAGCUUUAUAAAUCGAAGAGGAGAUCAAAAUUCCAACCGUGUGCCUAAAAACGUUCCCUUGUCAGUUUUUUCCAUGUCGAAUUAUUGAUUUUGAGGUGAAAUGCAGCGAGUGCGACUCCUUUGCGUACUCGAGGCCGUUGCUCCUGAGACACAUGAGCGAUGUUCACGGGAUCGAAGCGCCGCUCAUCCGCAAAACUUUUGUCAACCGCGAAAUGUUGCAGGUUGCUUUUUUUUCCCUGAAUACUCAUCGAGAAAGAUGUUCCAUAGUGCUCAGCUCCCCUUUGGUAUAUAAUAAUCAUCUCAUGAUAAACAAGUAUAAAUACUUGAAAACUAUACAAAAAGUCUAGAACAGUUAUCAAUUAACAGCCAAAUAUUGGGGUAAAAACAAUUUAGGAAAUUUUGAGCGGUCCCUAUAGGGUUUUAGAGUCUGACCCCUUAGCCCCUAAAGCUUAAGUGGUCCCUAUAGGGAUCUUUCAAAUUUAUUCAAAAAAGGUUAUUUGUUUUGUUUUUUUGCAUGAAAAUGCUUUUUCGCAUAAAGUUCCUAAAAUAUAUCGACUAGCAAGUCCCCUAUAAGGACCACUUUACCAACCCCUAUGGGGACCAUUUUUGCAAGCUUUAGGGGCCUCUUCAAAGGUUGGUAAAAUGGUCCCUAGGGGAGACCGUUCAAGGGCCCACUAUGAAGUCCCUAAGACAACCGGGUUCUGGGCAGAAAACUAUGUACGGUAGCGCGCACAAUAAUUGUUUGUAGGUUUACGGGUAUUCCAAAAAAAAGCAAAAUUCUUCCAGAAAUGGCUCGAUACUCUGCGUGAAACCCAUGCCGUGGAGUUUGUCGUCUCUUCUGGGUCGAAAAAGUGGGGACGCGGAUUGCAGGUACUGUGGAAAAUGUGAAGAUUAGAAGAGAAAACUGUUGAAAAAAUCGAAUUUUAAAAAGAAGGCUGACUUUGAAAUGAAAAAUGGGCUUUUUUUGAACUCUAGUCAAGUUAACUUUUUUUUUCGUACAUCAUUUCAAAGUUGCACGUUUUUUUAGGCUGUUUUUUUCAAGGAUUUUUUUAGAGUUUUUUUGAAAGAUUAAGUUGUGAAAAAUCCUAUAUUUCUUAUUCCAGGUACACUACCUGACGUGUUCGAGAAGUGGCGACCAGAAAGAAAGGCCCAACAAGAAAUACGUCAGGCCGCCGAGACCGUCCAUAAAAUGCGGGCGGAACUGCAUGGCCUACUUGAAGGUUCUGUAAACAGGGAAAUGAUUGAUAAAAAGGAUUUUUGUGAGGAAAAGAACAUAUUUUAUCAUAAUUUUGAAGCUCUGUGAUGUAUAUGUAUUAUUAUUUCUCUCAAGUUUUUUCUUAAAAUCAGUUUUUUUUUAAGAAGUUUCGUUACUGCCCCGUUCAAAGCGCGAAUUCAAAAAUAACCUUUGAAUCUCCAAGAUUUUCGUUAUCAUUUUCAAUCUCUUACGGUCAUUUCUUUUGCCUAAAAUCACAUUGAGCUCGUUUUUUUUGAGGUCAUAUGAAAAUCUGAAUGACUCGAAGCUCUCAAAAAAAUCAAAAUUAUGUAAAAAAAAAAGUUUUUGGUGUUCUUUUGAUAGUUCAGGAACUUUUAAAUUGUUCGAAUUUCCAAAAAAAUCUUACGCGAAGCCUGUAAGUGCUCAGGAAUGCCUAGCAAGGGGAGAUUUUCCAGAUUUUGGAGGUGAAUUUUGAAUUUAACGGCAAUAUUGGCUUUAAUGAGCAUUUUUUAACGCUUCAAAGUAAGGGAAUAUAGCAUAGGGUGCUUGCGAAAAAUGACAAAAUAUUCUAAGACCAAAAUAAAAUUGAAAAAGGGGUUUUUCAGAUCAAGCAGAACCCGACAGUUUCCGAGUUGCAAAUCGAAGGUUGCCUCCAUCACAGUGGACAUGAUAUCGAUCAUACCCGGAUCAUUCUUGAACAUAAUGAGGUCUUUAUUGAUUUUUUGUCUUUUUCGUGUGAUUUUUGCUCAUUUGACGCAUUUCUGAUUUAUUUUCCUUGGACUGAAACAGUCAGCUGCAGGAUUUAAUGAUGUUUUGUCCUUUUCGUAGCCUUUUUCGUCUUUCAAAUGUCCUUGGCUAUUUGUAGCUUCAAUUUGAUGUAUUUGUUCCGGCUUGAAACGGUCGGCUGCAGGAUUUCUUAAGAGAACUGUCGUUGAUCAAAAACGGCGCGUAGAUUUUCACGUCCAAUUUUGAUAGUAGUUGACGAGUUUUGAGCAUUCCAGUGAUCAGCUGCUUCUCCAUUUUUGCCCCUUAUUUGAAAAUUUUCACAUUUCUAAGUUUGUUACAGCUAUCUUGUUGAACAAAUAAUCAUUCACAUCGAAUAAUUUCGAUUAUUCCUCUCCAUUUUUCAGCUGGAAAGCAUAGGAGCUCUCCUGGACGCGGUCAAUGACGGCCUCGAGAUCAACGUCGAGAAUAUCGAUGUCAUCCGCAGAUAUUUGGGCAGUUCCGGACGGUUUCGGUUGAUGAGCGACCGCGGAAUCAUUGAGCAGAUGCCGGUUUGGAUUGAACAGGUGAAUUUUAGGGUUUUCCCAGAGUAUUUUCUUAUAGAAAAAGUCCAAGAAAAAGGAAUUUUAUCAAACUAAGCUAUGUAUGCUUUAGCCUGAAAUUUUCUUGUAUUUUUUCGAUUUUUGAUUUUUGAAAGUCAGGAAGGGAAUUUUUCAGAGAUUUCUUACAGAAAAAAGUCCAAGAAAAGAGAAUUUUAUCAAAUUAGGCUAUGUCCGCUUUAGCCUGAAAAUUUCUUGUAUUUUUUUCAUUUAUUGAAUUUCAAAAGUCAGGAAGGGAGUUUUCAUCAAUUUCUCAAUGUUUUGGAUCCUUGAUGACGCGUUUUUCGAAUAUUUUGACUGUUCCUGCGAACAGGAAAAUACAGCAAUCUUCUAGGAAGAUGUAAGCGUUCCGAAUAUUUUGAAGGAUUAGUUCUUUUUUCGAAAUUUGAAACCCAUUUUCCCCAUUCAAAAAAGAAAAAAAACAAUAAAAAAUACGUUUUUCAGUACCACGCAACCGAGUCGGUGACGGAAAACGUCGUUCUGCCCAUGUACCGAGGCUCCGGACCGCUGCACGUGACGACGAGGACGACGGUGUUGGCCCCAAAAGUUCGGCCUCUGGCCAUGACCAGCCGAAGAGCAGUCCCCUAUUCCAAGACUAUCGCCACUCAUAAUUCGUCUGGGAAUCCGAUCCUCAGCACCAGUCAGCUUCUCACGCCGAGUUACAAGGUGCGGAGGUGACCAAAACUGUUCAGGGCGUCCGACCGCCCUUUACGGCUUGGUUAAGUGCGCUAUAAUGAUAGAAUAAUUGAAAGUUCAAAAAUUGGACCUCGGUAACGAAAACCGGACAUGCUCUGGACGUUUCUGAGCACUUCUAGAGAUCCUAGAGUGCUAACGCUACUAAAGUGGUUACUAGAAAUUCCCCUGACACGUCCGGUCCGAGUACGGUUUGGUAAAGUGUCCUCUGAUGAUAGGAUAACUUACAGUUUAGAAAUUGGACCUUGGUAACAAAAACCGCACAUGCUCCUGACGUUUCUGAGCCCUUCUAGAGAUCCUAGAUUGCUGAAACUACUAAAGUGGUCACUAGAAAUUCCCCUGACACGUCCGGUCCGCGUUACCAAGGUCCGAGUAGGAAGGCUUGCGUAGGAUUUUUUUCGCCAAAAAUUUGAAAAAUUGUUUUUUUUUUCCGAAGUUUGAAGCGUAAAGCUUUCAAGAGUGUCGACAGGAAAACUGUUCAUUUCGAAUUUCCCCACUAGCGAGUCGUUUGAGAUCCCUUUUUCAGAGAGAAAAACUGACGAUCAGGUACAUGGACCCGUCUCGGAGUGAACCACCGAGAAAGAAGUUGAUCUCACCGUUGGAUAUUCAUCUUUCAGAUACGACGCAGGCGGUUCGUCUUUGAUUGGGAAAAUUACAUUUUUCGAGACUUCAAAAAUCUUUUUGUAAUGUCCUUUUUAAUGAAAAAGAAUAGACAGAAAAGAGUGACCCCCCUCUUUUUGCGCUUCAUUUUUCAGUUUUAAAAAAACCUUCACUAAAACUGUUUCAAACGGCUUAGAACUUUCAACUCUUAUAACCAUCCACGCUUAGGAACUCCAGAGUGGUCCCUAUAGGGAGCAACCUUAGGGGCCCUUGGAGGGUCUCCUCUAGGGAUGGCUUUACCAGCCCCUAUAAGGAUCACUACAGCUUGAAAAAGUGGUCAUUAUAGGGAUUUCAGUCAGGAGACAUGUUAUUCGAGAGUUGAUAUGUUCGGCCCUUAUAGGGACCACCCUGGAAUUUCUAGGCGCCCUGCUUUUUUGUCCGGAAGCCGUGACUUCAUGCGAUUGAAAACCAAACUACUGACCGUUUCCAGUCGAAAUUGGACGCGGAAGACGACGAAGGCGUGUCGGCCGUCGAGGCUUUGUUCAAGGAGGAGCAGGCGUUGGCCUCGAAACAGAUGCCCAUGAUAGGCGGAGUCUCGGUUGACGUCAUGGCUUCUGAGGACGUCAGCGGCUUAGGCGACGUCGGCCUCGGCCUCAGCGACGACUACCAGCAGUACAAUAACAGCGAUGAUUUCAUUGAGGUCUCAAAAAAACCAUCCCAAAUGCGGCAAAACAUCAAACGUCUUCAUUUUCAGAUCUUCAGCUACAACAGCUUCACCGACUACAAUGAUCGUGGAUCGAUAAAUUGUUCCUAA